AGGCCGGCUCGAGCGCGCCGCACUCCCCCUUUCGCGCGCCGCCCCGGCCUUGGCCCGCAUGCUCUCCGCCCUGUGCCCGUAGGCGCUCCGCAGGCCUCUGCGCCCUGGCGAGGCACAUGCACCUUGCUGCGGGCGCCCUGCCCACGCUGCUGCAGCGCGGCGGUGCUGCGGCCGCUCCGGGGGCGAAGCAGAAGCCGCUGGAGGCAGACACGGACACGGACACAGACACGGACACGGACACGGACACGGACACGGACGGCGCCGCGGGCGGCACGCAGGUGUCGGGUGAGUGGGACCAGGCCGUUGGGGGCGAGGCCGCGGCGAGAGAGCUCGUGCGCUCCGAGCUGGCCGCGUCCCCGUUGUUCGCGCGGUGCGAACCAGAGGUCGUCCAGAGCAUCGCGCGCCGGGCCCGCGGCGUCAGGCUGGGGCACGGCGCCGAGCUCGACGUCGCAGCCGAAGACGGACGCGUCUGGGUCGUCGUCUCGGGGGCGCUGGAGGCGCGCGUGGGCCCCGGCCGCGCGGCCCGGCUCGGCCCGCGCACGGUGCUGGGCGCCUGCCGGCUGCUGGGCAGCCUGCCGGAGGCCCGGCGAGGGCGCGCGGAGUGCGCCCAGUGGUACCGGCCCGCCGCGCCGGAUGGCGAGGUGGGCCAGGAGACGCUCGCGGCCGAGUCGGGCUGCGUUCGCGCCUUGUGCUCGCAGGCGUUCGCCGCGGCCAGCUCCAGGGGCGCCGGGCAGAGGGCCCUGGACACGCUGAGGCUGGCGGUCUCCGGCGCCGCGCCGCGGCGGGCGGAGGGCGAGGCCUCCGACGCGCCGGAGCCGGGCCUGCCGGAGGCGGGCGCGCCGCCGCAGCGCGGGGCGGGCGGCGCUUGGCUCGCGGGCGUGUCGCUGGGCGACGUGGCAGAGGCUGUGGCCUCGUCCACGUCGCAGGCGCUGUUCGCGGCCAACAGGGAGUCCUUGCUGGAGAGGUGGUCCAUCGCUCUCCAGCGGCAGGUCCUUCCAGGGGCCCCGCCAGACGCGCUGUUCUCCCUGGUGGAGUCCGCGCAGGUGCACCGCGUGGGCCCGGGGCACAAGCUCGUGACGGAGGGCGAGGCCGGGGACGCGGCCGAGGCCCUCCUGGUGCUGGACUCCGGGGAGGCCGCGGUCGAGAAGUGCGUGCCGAGCGCGGACGGCCAGGGCACGAGCGUGGCCACCCUGGGCUGCCUGGCCUGCCUGCACGCGGGGGUCCGCGGAAGCGCCGCGGUGCUGCAGCCGAGCCUGCAGGCGCACACGGAGGUGCUCUCGAUGCAGAGGCUCUUCGCUCGGUCCUCGCUCAACUUCGUCCGCGCGGUCGCGAACGCCUCGGAGCGGCGCGUGCUGUACUGCGGCGAGGUGGUCAAGGAGGAGGGCCGCGGCGACGCCGCGCUUUGCAUCGUCGAGUUCGGGCUCUGUGGCGUCUCCCGGGAGGACUGCGGCGAGGUGGGCGUCGCCCGCAGGGGCACUUGCUUUGGGGAGCGCGCGCUCCUCGGCUUCGAGCCCGUGAGCCACUCGACCGUGCGCGUCGCCACGCCCCUCGCGGUGCUGCUCACGGUCUCGCGGGCAGCGUUCGCGGCGGUGCUUUCGCGGUUCCCAGACGAGGACAGGCGCGUGUACGACUCCGUGCGCACGACGCCCGGAGCACGGCGUGCCCGGACGAGGAAGGGCGAGCUGCCCUCGAAGCAGGGGGGCCAGGGCUCCGACGUGGCGGGCCUCCCCUGCUUCCGCACCUGCGGCCAGAACUUCUGCGAGUGCCUGGCGCGCGCCAUCGAGGUCCGGUACUACUUCCCGGGCCAGACGGUGAUGGUGGAGGGCGCGAUCGAUGCGGCGCACAUGUUCGUGCUGAAGGGCGGGCGGGCGGUGAGCAGCAGGCGCGGCGAGGAGCCCAAGGAUGUGGCGCGGGGAGGCAGCUUCGGGGAGUUCGCCAUGCUGGGCAUCGUGCGGCGGCGGGGCGCCACGGUGCGGGCCGUGACGCUGUGCCAGAUGCUGGAGGUGCCCCGCGCGGCGUUCCUCUCCGCGCUGGACAAGAACCCGGAGGAGCGCCAGCACUUCGAGAAGCUCACCACCCAGUACACGCCACGGAGGCUGGCGCGCGCUGGCCCCUGUUCGCCAACUUCCCGGCCGACCUGCUCUACCACGUAA